AUGAUCACAUCAAUAACCUAUGAUGGUCAGGAGAAAGGCCAAAAGCAGCAACGACAAAAACCUGGUCACACAUCCUCUUCACCGUCAUUCCACUGGUGGCGACUACCUAGAACAUUUUGGUUAUAUAGUCACCGUUCUGCCAGUACUACUGCUGGUGGCGGUGCUGUUGCUUCCCAACAACGGUUACGACUGAGAAAAAAACGCUCAUCAAAUGCAUAUGAACGUUACUAUGCGAGUGAAUCUAGCAGUAGCAGUAGCAGCAGUUGUUGUUCAUUCGGUUCAGAACAAAUUCAAAAUCUGGAAUGCCAGACGAGCACAUCAGAGAAUUGUUAUUUAUGCUGCUUCAGUUGCGAGAAGUGCAUCUGCGGACAGUGCUCCGUUGGCUAUGCAAACGACAUUGAUCCGUCAGCUAACUCUAAGCUUGAGCUUAGCAAGCGUUUAUGUUCAGCUUGUAAGUUGAAGAAGUUGAGGUUGCUAUCUGAUGAAGAGGACAAGCACAAGCAAGAGAAAAGAGCAGCAAAAUUAAAGCGACCACAUCGACAGUUCAACAAAUUAUUUUUAUUUAAUUUCUUCAAGUCACGUUCAUUAUUCAAAAAUUCCACCUCAAAUUCCAAUUCUGCUACGUGUUCGUCGUCAUCAGAAACAUCGUCACAUUUUUUAUUCAAAUAUAAUAUAUUGACUACGCUUACAUUCAUCACGCUAUUGCUUCAAUUCAGCAUGCUAACAACGGUUACUAUGGCCCAUUCAUUGAACACUACUACUAGUAGUAGUAGUACUAACAACAGCGGUAAUAUAGCUGCUGAUAUUAUUCCUGGUACAGCUUCUAUUUCAAAGAAUGGAAACAAGAAGAAUAUUGAUAUUUUGAGCAAUAUUUGGCUCAGUGAUAAUGAUAUCAGUAGUGUGUUCAUUGAUAACAACAGCAUUAAUGAUCAUACUCGUAACCAUAAUAUUAAGCAUUUCAACAAAAACAAUGACAGGGCUGACGAUAGCGAAGGAGGUUUUGUAUCAAGCGAUUCUAUAAUAUCUCCUGCUUCAUCUUCCUCUGCAAUACCACGUCUGCAAAUCUGUCCAUGUGAUAUGCUGGAUUCGUCGAAAACGGAAUACGAAGAAAAUUUGAAAAUGGAAAAAGAUCACGAUUUUGGACGGUUGAAAGGAGUGAGUUCAUUGCAGAGACAGCAGCAGAUAAUGUUGAUUGAUGAUGAAGAUAAUCCAAAAAAUACGAAUAAGCAGUUUCUUAACAAUGAAACAAUAAAAGUUUCCUUACUGUUACCACAGUCACACUCACCGUGUUUGCAUCGUGGACAACCGCUUUUCGAAUGGGAUCUUUCCGGAUGUGUUGUCAGAAAUUUUGAACGCUUUCAUUCAACAGCGAUAUCGUUCGAUGUGGAAUCGGGUUUGGUAUUCGUUGAACAAGGACGUGUUUGCUUCUAUUCAAAACCGUGGUUAAUCAACUAUUCAUUAUAUUGCAAAAGUGACAAGAACUUUGCGACGACUGGAAGAGGUUCUAUUCAUCGAGGUUCCAUUCUCGUCUGGCAUAGUCGAUUUUCGACGACGAUGACAAAUACUAAUGGUUGGGUAUCAUCAUCGAUAAGCAACAGUCACAAAAGUGGCGUUGUUGAAUCGAAAAGACGUUCAAGAGGCUCAGAUGGCUCAAACCAGCAAGUGCUGACACUAGCGCCAAGUUCGAAAGAUCGACUACGACGACAUCGCCGCUGGUUACGACGUCGUAAUCCAGUAAGUGGUGGUGGUUCAUCAUUGAUCACAUUCCAACAAGAUCGUUAUGUGGUUGAAAUGGCUGAGAAUGCGACUGUUGGUACGUUGAUAUGUACCGUUCAUGCGAUACAUUUUCAUCGCGAUCGUACGUUAUUCUUCUCGAUGGCAGCACCACAAGAUUCAAGAUCGGCGAAUUUGUUCGUUAUUGACACGCAGACGGGUAGUAUCCGGCUAGCAAAAUCACUGGAUCGCGAAGUGCUUGAUAAGCAUGUGCUUAAAGUAACCGCAUACGAGCGAUUCGAACCUACUGUAUCCACAUCUGCUCUUGUGAUCGUUGAUGUGCUCGAUGUUCAAGAUAACGCACCGAUAUUUGAGCGUAACUCAUAUUUUGCCGAAGUCAAAGAAGAUGCUCCAAUUGGUACAACGGUAGCAUCGGUGUUUGCAAGAGACUUGGAUGCCGGGCGGAAUGGUGAGGUGCGUUAUUCGUUAUCGGAUGAUGCACUGGGUGCCAACUUGCUGAAGAUCAAUCCUCGAUCGGGUGUCAUCCAGACGGCCGCAGAGUUGGAUCGUGAAAUGCUGGAUCUCAUCCGAGUUUCGGUCAUAGCUACGGAUCAGGGCAGUCCACCGAUGAGUUCGAGUGCUCUAGUGGAGGUCACGAUUUUGGACGUGAAUGAUAACAAACCCAUCUUUGAAAUGGAUUCGUAUAAUGUUACAAUAAUGGAAGAUAUUGGCAUACCGACGAAAAUCAUUCAAUUGAAAGCCGUAGACGCAGACGCUGGAGAAAAUGGUCGUGUUCACUAUAGCAUCGUAGCUGCAAGUGCAAGUGGUUUUACAAUCGGCUAUGAUGAUGGUAGUGUUUGGGUGCGUGACAGCCAGCUGGAUGCGAGAUCGAGUCCGGUCUCGUUGGUGAUUCGAGCCAAGGAUUCAGCACAACCAGCACAGUCAAGUACAGCCACGCUGACCGUAGAUAUCGUUGACGUGAACGAUCAUGCGCCCCGUUUUGUGGCCUCUCAACAGCAGCUGUUCAUUGAUGAGAAUAUACCGAUUGGCUACGAAGUGAGUCGUGUUUUUGCGGUGGAUGAAGACUCGGGUUUUAAUGGCUUGGUGCGAUAUUCGUUAGUUGAAGAAGAAGGUGCUGAUGAAGAUAAAUGGAUGAGCAACAACAUGAAGAAAGAGAAGUUGAGCAAGAGUCAAGAUGGACAAGUGACAAUGAGCGAUAGUAAUGAGACGGCGACAGUUCCGGAAGUGGGAAGUGAGCAAGAAAAUUUAUCGGAAUCGAACUUUUUCGAAGUUGAUCGAGUCUCGGGCAGCAUUCGUACAAAAGCAGAGCUCGAUCGUGAGCAGCGUGAAGUUCAUACGUUGAAGAUUCGUGCCGAAGAUGGUGGAAGUCCACCAAAAUGGGAUACGGUUGAGUUAAGAAUACAUCUUCGUGAUGUGAACGAUAAUGCACCGUUCUUUGAGCACGAUAUCUACAAUGUGACAGUUGCUGAGAAUACACCUCGUGGCACACAGUUGAUCACGGUGAAAGCAUUCGAUGCAGAUAAAGAUCAAAAAAUUAGUUAUCGCAUUGAAAGGACUGAUCGAGAUCUUUUCACUCUUGUGGAUCUUGGUGAACAGGGUGCACUCUUGUCGCUGUCAGAAACAUUCUUAUCAAGCGAUGAGAUGCUGAGAGUUGGUAUAGUAGCGUUAGAUCAAGGCGGACUGAAGGGACGUUGCAGCAUUAUGAUAAACGUUCAAGAUGUGAAUGCAGCACCGAUAUUCUUGAAUCAUCCGUUUACGAUACGUAUCCCAGAACAUUCACCUCGAGGUUUUGAGUUGAUACAAUUGAAAGCUGAGGAUCACGAUCGACGGGAAAAUGCUCAUAUCAAGUAUACGAUUGACUCGGUCGAGUUUGCAAUUGAUGAAUCAAAUGGUUUGCUGACAGUGGCUGCAGGUCUGGAUCGUGAACUGCGUAGUGCAUACAUGCUGAAUAUAACUGCUCAGGACAAUGGCUCACCGCCUUUGAGUGCAUGGACAACCAUUGAAGUUGUUCUCGAAGAUGUGAACGAUAAUAUACCUCAAUUUUUAUCGAAUAAUUACACGAUUGCGAUUUCUGAAGACACUCCAGUGGGUACAUCAUUCAUGCAAAUAUUAGCCGUUGAUAAGGAUAGCGGUGCGAAUGCAAUAGUGGAUUAUUUUAUUGAUGCGAAUGAUCCAAGAGGUUUGGGCAUCGAUUCGUUCAAACUGGAUCGUUCGUCGGGCACAUUGCGAGUCGAUAAAAAGCUUGAUCGAGAACAGUGUGAAAGGCACGUGAUUGCGGUUAUUGCACGAGAUCGAGGUUCACCACCUCUUUGGUCAUCGUCUGUGGUGAACAUACAAUUGUUGGACGUGAACGAUAAUGCACCGCAGUUCGAGUUGCAAACUUAUAACUUAUGGAUUGUUGAGAACGCACCGAUUGGUACCGUUAUUGGUACAUUGAUUGCACGAGAUGCUGACGACGGCAAAAACGCGCUUAUUGAGUUCAAAAUAUUCGGUGGAGCUGAUGCGAAAUUAUUCGAUAUUGAAAAGGAUCCACAACAAGAAGGUGUUGUACAUAUAUUAUCAAGAGCAACAUUCGAUUAUGAGGCAAAAAAUAAUAAAUUUUAUUUAGAAAUACAAGCAAGCAGUGGUCAACUGAGUUCGAUAGUACCUGUAUUCGUGCAUGUAAGUGACGUGAACGAUAAUAAACCCCAGUUGCGGGACUUUGUUGUAUUAGUAGCAAAUUAUGAACAAGAAAAUAAUAAUGAUGAUAAUAUUGCUCAAAGACAUCAUCAAACAAAGUUCGAGCCACAGAUCGGUGUUAUGCCAGCGUUUGAUCCCGACCAUAAUGCUACUUUACAAUAUUAUAUCGAAACAAAUGAUGUUCUACGUGUUGAACGCACCACGGGUAUGCUAAGUAUGGUAAAUGUUUGGCAACGUCAUAUCGAUGCUCACUACAAAGCCUGCGUUUCAGAUGGUCCGAACACAGUAUGUGCGCGUAGUCGUAUCAUUUAUGUACCAGUCGACGAGGAGACUCUUCGUGAAGCAGUAACUGUUCAAAUUUUGGGUAUUAACGAAGAUGAAUUUCUGGAUUUUGAGACGUUCGAUCGUUUCACUUCAGCGAUAUCUUUGUUAGAUCAUCGUUGGCAUCCGUCACAUAUCCGUGUUAUCGCAGUCAGUUCUGAACGUGGCGCGGUCCGAAAAUAUAGUAGCACUGAAUGGCAGAAUACUGCUGGUGAUAGUGAUAAUAUAGUCUCCAUUCAUAAUGAUAAACAAAAAACAAAUGUUACGUUUUUUGUUAGUCGAAGCAAGCAUGGUGAAAGCAGCGUUGUUGAAAGAUCAGCACGAAUUCAAGAGUUGAUCAGAAAUGCAGGUGAACAUUUGAAUGAAAUAAGUGGUAUGCAAAUUACUACAAUCGCAGAUGAAUCAUGUGCUCAUGAACCAUGUUCAGAUUCAUUAAAACAAUUAUGUAAUGAACGGAUUGAUCAAUGUUAUUCAUCACCUUGCCAACAUGGUGCCACGUGUAUACCGCUUGAGAGUAGAUAUCGUUGUGUGUGUACGCCUGAUCGAACGGGGGUGAAUUGUGAGGCAACGCUCUUCAGUGAUACGUGCCUUCCGAAUUCGUGUUAUUCGAAUUCGAGAUGCGAAAUUGAUGAACGGAGAAGAGUACGGUGUGUGGACUGCAAGUGGGCUGCACACGACACCGAUGACGCUUGUCGAUUAAGAUCGUUGAAAUUUGUUGGCGACGGCUAUUUAGCGAUACCAACACAAAAUGCGAUUCCACGGAUGGAAUUCAAAAUUGAAUUCAGCGUACGUGUUCAGGUGAUUAAACGAAAGCAGCAAAAAUCGUUUUGUUUCAGCAUUGCGACAAUACUAAGUAGUGAUAGCGUGCUAAUGUUUUUGGGUGAUAUCAAAGCGGAUUUUUUGGAAGUAUUCAUCGAGAAUGCCUUAAUUGGCGCUCGUCUCUCGCUUGGUAAUGGCGUUUCAGAGAUGAGAAUGGAGGAUUGGCAACAAAAUCGUAUUAAUGAUGGAGAGUGGCAUAAAAUUACGAUUGAUUUUUAUGAAAAUAAGCUUAUCUUGUCGUUAGACGAUUGUGAAACGUUUGUUUCAUUGCGAUUAAGCAAUGCAACUGGUUAUCGCAAAUGUGCUUGCGAAUUAAUUACAGCAUUGCCACAAAAAUGCUCGGAUGGUGCAGUUACAUGUCAUCGUUUCUUGGACGUUUUGCCGAUCGUUUACAUGGGUGCCAGACCUACAACUAAUGGUGACAAUUUAGCGAGCAGUUUCAUCGGCGAUCUCGCUGUUUCAUCUUUUGAUAACGAUGGCAUCAAAUCGAAAUUGUCGAAUCGUACCAUCAGCAGCAAUAAUCCAGCCUCUUCAUCAAAACAGUUGCACCGUGCUCUCUACUCGUCUCAUCAAAAUGCUUUCACGGGUUGUAUCGCAAAUUUGAGUUUGGAUGGUCAUUUACGAGAUUUUUCGGAUUAUGCUGAAUGGAUAAAAGUUGGUAAAGCAGUCGAAGCAGCUGACAGUGCGAAAUAUUUGAUGCUUGAUGAUGAGGAAUCAUAUGUAUCAUGGCGUAUCGCACGAAAUGAAGUCUUCCAAAAUGUUACCUUCGAGUUUCGCACUCGUCAGCGUGAUACGCAAGUGAUAGCCAUCGAAUUUGCGCUGCGUUCACAAUUCAUUGUUUUUUCGAUCAGCCAAGGUUAUGGCGUGUUGAAAUUUGGUGAACGUCAAUUCCUAUUCAAAUAUCCAUAUUUAGCAGAUGGGAAAUUUAAGGCGAUUUCAAUUUCGCUUCAACAAAAUGGUGUCUUCAGUCUUUCAAUUGAUCAUCUUUUUAAAAAGCAUUUUCCACUAAUCACUAUAUCAACCGAUAAUUCAUAUCGACGGAUUCGAAAGAUGUACUCUGGAUUGGCACCAUCAAUGAGCUAUCCGAAACGCUUUGAAGGCUGUUUGCGCAAUGUUUUACUCAAUGGUCUACGCACGAAAAUUAUUGAGCAGCUUCGAGUUGAAUCGCAUUGUCAGGUACGAAAUGAAUGUGAUCAAGCUAAUAUCUGUCCACGUAAUAGCAGAUGCAACCGUGAUUGGGAUCGUCACCGUUGUGACUGCCUAAAAGGUUAUAUUGGUGAUAGCUGUAUGGAUAUAUGUUUACUGCGAGGAAUAUGCUCAAAUAAUGGGCAGUGUUUACGUGUCAGCAACACUACUAACGGUUAUGAGUGUCGAUGUGCUGAAGGCUUUACGGGGCACAACUGUGAGCGAAAAGCUGCACUGAAAAAAUGUCCACCAGGAUGGUACGGCCAUUUUCCGAGGUGUAGACUAUGUGAUUGCGAUACGAGGAAAGGCUUCAUCAAGCAGUGUGACCCAAACAAUGGUGCAUGUUUGUGUGAGACUGGUAAAUAUUAUUGGCUGGACCACUGUCGACCAUGUGAAUGUGGCUUUGGUGCGUUGAGCACGGCAUGCUCAACGCUGGGACAAUGCGAGUGUACGGGUGAAGCUGUAGGACGACGUUGUGAUCGUUGCACCGAUGAGAGACAGCUUCUGAAUCGUAGCACGCUGAAGUGCUCAAGCAUUAAGAAUAGAUGCCCGUCGAUGAUUGAUUCUGCAAUACAGUGGCCAACUACAGUGUAUGGUGCAAUCGCAAGACAGAGUUGUCCAUUUGAUGAAAGUGGAAUGGCGUUACGAAAAUGUGGUAUGGAUGGUAGAUGGUUGCCAGUGGACAACUAUAAUUGCACACAUCCUUCUUAUGCAAAGGUAAUGAACGCAGACCUAAGCUUGGAAUUGGUAGAGCAGUUAGCGAAUGCGACUAGUGAUCACUGGACAUUGCGUGGUGUCAACGUUGAUAUCGCGAAUAGAGCGCUGCAUAAACUCAUCAUUUCUGAGACUGUCGGCAAUUUAAGUUUGCAUCUGAAAACUGAACAAUUCACAACAAAUUUGCUAAAAUCGCUAAACAACUUGGCCGCUGUGAUCGGCACAUCGGCGAAUCCGGCUCUGGAUUAUUUGCAAACAGUCGUGAAAGCAACAGUUCGUCUAGGUGACCAUCUUCGGACUGUGCAUCAACGAGCACCAUUUCUAGGAACGUUCUUCUAUUCAGGCGAUAAUCUAGUAUUUGCAAUUGAUCGUCUUCCGCGCUGGAGCAACGACCGACGGCAUCAUCUCGAUUCAAUUGAUUCUUCUGCGACAUCAAUGGCUCGUCGUCAUCAUCAUACAGCCACUGCGAUCACUGCUCUGGCUUCAGAUCAAUUCUUACUUCCAGUUGUCCGCCACAAAAAUCUAGUCGAACCCGUAGUAUUUUUAGCCAGUGAGCCAAGUCCUGAUCGAUUUUUGACUGACGACAACGUCAACUAUGACAAUAAUGAAGCGAAUGAUAGGAGUAGUAGUGGUGUUGCUGCUGAAUUACGUCUUGAUCGUUCACCAUCAAAACGAACCCUUAAAGCCUGGGAGCAUCACCAUCAUCAUCGUCACAGUCCGCAUCGGCAGCGAUAUGAAGCUCAAGCUUUGAGAAUUGCAGUUCAAGCUGAAGAUGCAAAUCGUCGCCGUCUUCUCAGUGGUAUGGAACUGCGAUUGCUGUAUACGGCGCCAUCAGAGCUGCCGUUGACUGAAGUUGACGUUAGGCAGCAACAUAAAGCGAUAACAACGAUUUUUUACAGCGUAUUAACGCAAGCAAACUGUGCGGGAUGUGAAUAUCCGAUUAUAAUGAUCACUAUGAACGAGAAUCAGGAUAAGAUGACAACAACUGCUUCUUCUAAUGUUGUUGGUGCUGCAAAGCAACCGCAUUUGGAAUCGAUUUUUAUGGAACAACGACGAAGUGAGAAUCGUUAUGCGAAUCAUCGUAGAUCGAUUCAAGUGACCGUUCCAAUUCUUGCGGAAAACAGCGGUGAUGGUUGGCGAUAUCCAGAAUGCGUUCGACUGCGAGACGGUUUCUUCUCGAACACUGACGACGAUGAUCGACUGUCCUCAUUAGCUGACGCUCGCAAAUCACCAUCAGCCGUUAACAAAUUAUCUGGAAUUGAAUCCUCUUCGCGAACUCUGUCAUCAUCUGCCUUGAAUGAUUUACUGAGCACCGAUGGCAUUAGCAACGAUAAUACAAAAUGGACAACGGAAAGUGCAACAUUAAUCGGACUUAAUGAGACGCACGCCAUAUGUCGUUUUGAUCUUACUGACAGUUAUAAUCAUAAGUUAUUUGCGAAUAGUGGCGGUGUUUUUACACUGUUCAUGAGGGCUGAUAAUGGUGCAUUGAUACGUUUCACGUUGCCUCAUUCAAUCCCCUAUACGGCUCCGCUGUCGGCUGCAUUCGCUCUGUUACUUAUUCUGUUGGCAGCCGUGUCGACACUUUGGCGUCCGGCACCGAUUCGUACUCGUUUGAUAAGAUUUGGUUUCAUUGUAGCGUUUCUUUUGGACGCUUCUGCAAUCUUCUUCAUCUAUCGUAUACCGUCAACAACGGUAUUCUGUCCACUACGAAACGCUCUUCUAAGUUUCUGUACAUGUGCUCUGUUUGCGUGGCUCUUUUUAUAUGCACUUCGUAUUUAUUGUCUAUUCGUUGACGGCAAUACACAGCCGAAUUUUACGAUGAUAUUGCUCAUCGGCAUAAUAGUACCGGUGAUGCUAUCGCUGUUCACAUUCUUCUUUGCACCGAGUUGUUCGUUGAGUGUUGAUGAAUGGUUGUUUUGGAUUUUAACGAGUCCGGUUAUGUUACUCAUACUGACGGUCAUGUGCCUAGCGUACAACGCCGUUGGAUUGUUCGUGCUGUACGAUCGUGGAGUGAAUUCAAUGGUUGAAGCGGGCACAAAUAUAUUGCUUGUCAUUUUAUCAGCGUAUAUCUUCUUAUGGAGUAAUUAUUUUACACGUGAGAGUGUGAAUUCAGCGUUGAGUGGUUCGAAUGAAAUGUGGUUAAAUGAUAUGAUGACCACCAUGCAACAGCAACAGCCGAAAACGGUCAAUAUUGCUGGUCUGGAUAUUGCAAGUUCAGCAGAUCCGCAUUCUCAUUCACCUUUAUUAGGUGAUCCUAAUCCAGAUCAAGAAGAUGAGGAUAACGAAGAUUCAAAAACGAUGAAUUUAUACGACGUUGCGGCUAACAUUAAAUCAUUAUCGCCAUUCAGAGAGUCACCUCAAGCUCAAGUUCGAGAGCACUUGCAACGGCUGCAGCAGAGCUCGUUCACUGAUUAUGAUUCAGGGAGUGCAAGCUCAACUUUAAAGCAUGUGAAUAAUUCAACUACUGCCAUUCAUCGCAAUAAUGCUCAUCAUUAUCAUCAGUGGAUGCCAGAUAUAAUACCAUCUCCGCCAGUCACUGUGGCAGCCUCACCUGUAACGGCUUCAGUAGCACUGCAUCACCAUUAUCAUCAUCUAACAAAUCAACAGCAACAACACUUAAUAAAUGCGAAUAUGAUUAAUAAUACAACAAAUAAUCCUCCUUUUGCUUCUCAAACGAUUGCUGCCACAUUGUCAUCGUCGUCGUAUCCCAAAACAAAGAUUUUGAGUCCAGCAACAAAAGUUUUACUGCAAUAUCAUCACAGCGAUGAGGAUGACGAUCAGACCUCCGGCACUGGCACGUGUACGCCUGUAAUUGUUGGUGAAAUCGAUGAAAGAUUGCUAGUAGAAGGAGAGUUGGAGCAAAAAAAUUUUUAUGCAACAUAUGGACGUCGCUCCGAGGAUGAUUCAGUUGAGCAUGCUUAUGACACAUAUACCAGUAAGAAACGUAAGCUAACAUAUCAGUCAUCAACAUUUCAAAGACAUUAA